AUGAUCUAUCUUGUGGCAGCACCAAUUCACCGCCUCGCAGCCUUGCCUUGCAUGGCGGGGCUUGCGUACCAGGAUCGUACUGAGCUAAUCUCUCAGUGUUUGCAUCACUUCUUCGCUACCCUUCCAAUGUCAUAUUCAGACGUGAAUCUGAGCGCUACGACGAAUGAUGUGCACUCUAAACACCACUAUCAGCAGAACUCUGCUAUCCAAGCCGACCAUGAUGCAGCCGACGAGGUCGCGCGCCAUUUCGGCAAGGAAGUCAAGACAGAAACUGAAGGAGUGCCAGACUUUCCACAUGAUAAGAAGGCUGGCGCAGAGGAGACCAGAGCAUCUCAAUAUCCGACAGGACUCAAACUAUGGCUCCUUAUGCUCAAUCUUGCAUUGUCGCCACAGCAGGUAAUUGCUAAUCCGAUCAAGUGCCUCGAAUCACAGAUCACUUCCACACGAGUGCGGACGUUGGUUGGUAUUCCGUUGCCUUUCGUCUCACACAGUGCUCAUUUCAAUUCUUGUAACCAUUCUCCAUCACGAAAGACCGUGCUCCAGCCGCUGAUGAAAAGCAAGCGCAUCUUCCUCGUCGCCAACAUCUUCUCCUUUCUUGGCUCUCUUCUUUGCGGCACAGCAGUCUCGUCGACAAUGCUCAUAAUCGGUAGAGCAGCCGCAGGAAUUGGGACAGCCGGUCUUGACGCUGGAGCUUACAUCAUGCUCACCCACUCGACUCCUCUUCGCAUACGUCCUACCUUUCUAGGGCUUUGGGGCGCUAUAGAAGGCUUAACGACAGUCGCUGGUCCUCUGAUUGGAGGUGCAAUCACGCAGACCAUCGGAUGGAGAUGGUGCUUUUACAUUGCUGUGCCACUCGGAGGCGCCACACUACUAUUGACCUUCUUCUGCUUCGAAGAGAAAGUAGAAGCCAGCUCAAACGAAGCAGAACGCCUGACUCUCGGCGACAAGCUCAAAGAAAUGGACUUCUUGAGCACGUUGAUAUUACUCCCAGCACUGACAUGUCUCUUCCUGGCCUUUUCCUGGGCUGGUACGAGGUAUCCUUGGCACAGCAGCACAAUAAUCGCCCUCCUUGUAACCUCCACAACUCUCGCCGUCAUCUUUGCCUACAACCAGAUUCGACGCGGUGAAGCGGCAGCCCUACCCAUCCGCAUUCUCAAAAAUCGAACCUUACUUACAAGCCUCACCUUCUACUACCUACCAAUCUACUAUCAAGUAGUGCAAGGCUACACGCCAGCCCAAAGCGGUCUCUUAAUGCUCCCGAUCCUACUAAUCGCGACGGUUGGAGCCAUACUCUCAGGCUUCGGCACGAGUGCAUGCGGCUACUACGCAUCCUUUAUGAUCUUCGCUUCAAUCACCAUGUCGAUUGCCGCCGGACUCGUGACGACCUUCGGAGUGGAUACAAAUCUCGCGAAGCGAAUUCUGUACACCGGAGUUUUUGGUCUUGGGUAUGGAGUUGGCUCUACAGGUCCGACGACGGCUGUACAAACAGUAUUCCUUGACGGAGAUGUGUCAAUUGGUCUUUCAGUACUGCUGUUCGGGUCAGCAUUUGGUCCGGCUGUGAUGGUAUCGAUUGCGCAAGUCAUCUUCACCAACCAGCUUCAAGAUUUUCUCUCUGGAGAAAACGCUGUUGACGAAAGAGGAUUGACGGAGCUUGUGAGACAUGUAUCACACGAUAGAGUGCAUGAGGUGCUGUUUUGGAUCCACAGGAGUACUUUAGAUACUUGGUAUUUGGUCCUUGCCUUGGCUUGUGCUACGCUUGCAGGUAGUCUGGCGAUUGAAUGGAGGUCUGUGAAAAAGGAUGAUCGGAGUAAGGAAGUGGAGGACAAGCCAGAAAUCAACGAGGCUGAAGUCCUUGAACGGAACGGAGAUAUUACAGACAAACAUGCUCGCACCAUCAUCCCUCACUACUUGAGACCCAUAAAGCCGACUUCUAGGUACCUGAUGAGAACAAUCCUCCCGCCACCCCACAUGCCAAUGACCAUUCCGAACGCCAGCCCAAAUGCAAAUUUCAAACGACAAGACGCCCGCAACGCCUUCGCUGACAGGGAAACAGAAAAAAGUCAUCCACCGCCAUCCCACGCCUACCCUGCUUUCCUAAAAGAAGAACUCCAUCGCUUCCCCUAAAUAGUCCGUGUGACAUCGUUUCUGUGUGCUCUCUUUGUGAUCUAAUCUUGCUGAUCAAGCUUUCUUCCUGGCAUCCUUUGCCUUCUUCUUCAUGAGCUCGUGAGGCUUAUCUGGGUCGCUGGGAUCCAUGAAUGUCAUCAAGACUGUAGACAAUUCCUUGAAAUCCACCGGCUUCGUCAUGUAGCUGUUAAAGCCGGCCUCCACGCACUUCUGGUACACAUCGUCUAGAACGUUCGCACUCAGCGCGAUGAUAGGAAGAUAAGGAUAGCGCUGCUUCUUCUCCCAUUUGCGAAUAUCCUUGCACGUUUGGUAGCCGUCUUUGUUGGGCAUGUGCAGAUCGCAAAGAAUGAUCGAGUAAUAUCCAUGAGUCUGAGAGAAGACUUUUUCGGUGCAUUGCACGCCAUCCAGCGCCGUAUCGACCUUGAUGCUGACUUUGGCCAAAAACUUCAGAAUGACCAUCUGAUUGACCCUGUUGUCCUCGACCAACAGCACUCGUUUGUCCUUAUUGCCAAGCCGGCGGGCGAGCUCUUCGAAAACCUGCUUUUGAGUUACAGCUGCUUGCUGAGCGCUGUCUUGGUUGCGGUCUAAGCUCAUUUCGCGCUCUUUCUGAGGAUCGAAUAUGAGACCGAAUCUGGACGGCUUCAGCGGUUUGAAGACGAAUCGGACUCUUCGAUCAUUGACGAGCUGGUCGUAGUCAUAUUUUGGCUGCUGCUCCAUGAUCCUCUUCCUCUGCGAAAGAUC